AUGGAACUAAGUAUCUGCCCUGACAGCCCUGAUGUGGAACUAAGUAUCUGCCCUGUCAGCCCUGAUGUAGAACUAUGUACCUGCCCUGACAGCCCUGAUGUAGAACUAAGUAUCUGCCCUGUCAGCCCUGAUGUAGAACUAAGUAUCUGCCCUAUCAGCCCUGAUAUGGAACUAAGUAUUUGCCCUGUAAGCCCUAAUAUGGAACUAAGUAUCUGCCCUGACAGCCCUGAUGUGGAACUAAGUAUCUGCCCUGACAGCCCUGAUGUGGAACUAAGUACCUGCCCUGACAGACCUGAUGUAGAACUAAGUACCUGCCCUGACAGCCCUGAUGUAGAACUAAGUAUCUGCCCUAUCAGCCCUGAUAUGGAACUAAGUAUUUGCCCUGUAAGCCCUAAUAUGGAACUAAGUAUCUGCCCUGACAGCCCUGAUGUGGAACUAAGUAUCUGCCCUGUCAGCCCUGAUGUAGAACUAUGUACCUGCCCUGACAGCCCUGAUGUAGAACUAAGUAUCUGCCCUGUCAGCCCUGAUGUAGAACUAAGUAUCUGCCCUAUCAGCCCUGAUAUGGAACUAAGUAUUUGCCCUGUAAGCCCUAAUAUGGAACUAAGUAUCUGCCCUGACAGCCCUGAUGUGGAACUAAGUAUCUGCCCUGACAGCCCUGAUGUGGAACUAAGUACCUGCCCUGACAGACCUGAUGUAGAACUAAGUACCUGCCCUGACAGCCCUGAUGUAGAACUAAGUAUCUGCCCUAUCAGCCCUGAUAUGGAACUAAGUAUUUGCCCUGUAAGCCCUAAUAUGGAACUAAGUAUCUGCCCUGACAGCCCUGAUGUGGAACUAAGUAUCUGCCCUGUCAGCCCUGAUGUAGAACUAUGUACCUGCCCUGACAGCCCUGAUGUAGAACUAAGUAUCUGCCCUGUCAGCCCUGAUGUAGAACUAAGUAUCUGCCCUAUCAGCCCUGAUGUGGAACUAAGUAUUUGCCCUGUAAGCCCUAAUAUGGAACUAAGUAUCUGCCCUGACAGCCCUGAUGUGGAACUAAGUAUCUGCCCUGACAGCCCUGAUGUGGAACUAAGUACCUGCCCUGACAGACCUGAUGUAGAACUAAGUACCUGCCCUGACAGCCCUGAUGUGGAACUAAGUACCUGCCCUGACAGACCUGAUGUAGAACUAAGUACCUGCCCUGACAGCCCUGAUGUAGAACUAAGUAUCUGCCCUGUCAGCCCUGAUGUAGAACUAAGUACCUGCCCUGACAGACCUGAUGUAGAACUAAGUAUCUGCCCUGUCAGCCCUGAUGUAGAACUAAGUAUCUGCCCUGACAGACCUGAUGUAGAACUAAGUAUCUGCCCUGACAGCCCUGAUGCAGAACUAAGUAUCUGCCCUGACAGCCCUGAUGCAGAACUAUGUACCUGCCCUGACAGCCCUGAAGUGGAACUAAAUAUCUGCCCUUCUACCCUGAUAUAUGCCAUUGCUGAUGACGCCUACCGGUCGAUGCGGGACAGAAACCUGGACCAGUGUAUCAUCAUCUCCGGGGAGAGCGGCUCCGGCAAAACUGAGGCCAGCAAGGUGAUCAUGCAGUAUGUUGCGGAGGUGUCUGGGAAGGGACAGGACAUUGACCGAGUCAAGGAACAGCUGCUGCAGUCAAACCCAGUCCUUGAAGCUUUUGGUAACGCCAAGACUACCAGGAAUGACAACUCCUCCAGAUUUGGGAAGUACAUGGACAUAGAGUUUGACUUUAAGGGGGACCCCAUCGGUGGAGUCAUAACAAACUACUUGCUUGAAAAGUCGAGAGUGGCCGCCCAAGGACCAGGGGAGCGCAGUUUCCACAUCUUCUACCAGCUGCUGAGUGGAGCAGAACCCGCACUGCUAGAGAGCUUGAAGCUGACAAGUGACCACAACAGCUAUGAGUUUCUCAACAAGAGCGGAUGUUUUAACGUCCCUGCAAUAAAUGACAGUGAGAACUUCCAUUCAAUCAGGAAUGGGAUGAAGGUAAUCGGCUUCCAGGAGAAGGAAGUGAUGGGUGUGCUGCAGCUGGUGGCCACAAUCCUCAAGCUGGGGAACAUCACCUUCCACCACAAGGGCAACGACGACGGCACCGACGGAUGCGAUAUUGGCAGCACACAAGAGGUGUCCGAAGUGUGUGAACUGCUGGAGUGCUCUGCCCAGACCUUAUCAGCAGCCCUGACUCAGCGUACAGUGGAAGUUCGUGGAGACAAAGUCAAAACUGAUCUCAACACAGGGGACGCAUUCUACGCCCGAGAUGCCCUGUGCAAGGCUCUGUACAGUAGGAUGUUUAGCUGGCUGGUCCAGAGGAUCAACGACAGUAUCAAGGUGAAGAAGAAAGUGAAGACCAAGGUGAUGGGAGUGCUGGAUAUCUACGGCUUCGAGGUCUUCCAGCACAACAGCUUUGAGCAGUUCAUCAUCAACUACUGCAACGAGAAACUGCAGCAGAUCUUUAUAGAGCUGACCCUCAAGGAGGAGCAGGAAGAGUACAUCAAGGAGGGUAUUGAAUGGAUCAAUGUUGACUACUUCAACAACGCUGUUAUCUGUGACCUUAUUGAGAAGAACAACAUUGGCAUCCUUGCCCUCCUGGACGAGGAGUGCCUGCGACCAGGAACUGUGUCUGACAAGACUUUCCUGCAGAAGCUGGACUCUCGCUGUUCCGAACACCUCCACUACGAGAGCCGCAACUGCAAGAAGACCCAGUCUGACAAGUCCCUGCCCCAUGAUGCCUUCAGACUUAAGCACUACGCUGGGAAUGUUGUGUACAAAGUAGAAGGCUUCUUGGACAAGAACAACGACUUGCUGUUCCGUGACCUGUCUCAGUCCAUGUACUCCUGCUCGAACUUGCUCCUGAAGACACUCUUCCCUGAAGGAAAUCCUUCCCAGAAGUCCCUGAAGCGGCCGGCUACUGCAGGAUCACAGUUCAAGAUAUCGGUGACGGAGCUGAUGAAGAACCUGCUGUCCAAGAACCCCAACUACAUCCGCUGUGUGAAGCCCAAUGAUGACAAGAAGGCCGGGGCAUUUGAUCUGUCCAUCGUGAGACACCAGGUUCGAUAUCUCGGGUUGAUGGAGAACGUGAGAGUGCGGCGGGCAGGGUACGCGUUUCGCCAAAACUAUGAUGCAUUCCUGUACCGCUACAAGAUGCUGGCCUCUGAGACGUGGCCGCGCUGGGCGGGGCUGAACAGCAAGGGGGUGGAGACCAUCCUCCAGACCCAGGGCAUCCAGGGCGAGGAAUACGCCGUCGGCAAGACCAAGAUCUUCAUCAGGAACCCCAAAACUCUGUUCGACAUGGAGGAGUGCCGUCGGGAGAGGAUGCACUACCUGGCCACUCUGAUACAGAAGAUAUGGAAGGGAUGGCGUCAGAAGGUGCUGUACCGACGCAUGAAGCGCAGUCAGAUUGUCCUGUCUGCCAACUGGAGGGCAUUCUGGGCCAAGAAGUGCUACAGGAGGAAGAAGAGAAGCGCCUUGAUCAUCCAGUGCUACUCCCGUGGCUGGAAGGCCCGAAGAUUAUUGCGGAAGCUCAAACAUGAGCGCCGACGCUUGUUAGCGUCAAUCGUCAUCCAAAAGACUUUCAAAGGCUGGCAGGCUCGACGGUUAUUGGCGAAACUCAAACAUGAACGGAAAUGUUUGUUGUCGUCAAUUGUGAUCCAAAAGACAUAUAGAGGAUGGCAGGCUCGGAAGCUGCUGGCUAAACUGAAGCAUGAGAAGCGAGUCCUAUGGUCUGUCACAGUGAUACACAAGUUCUUCCUUGGUUGGAAGGUCCGGAAGGAGUACAGUGCCAAGUUCAGGAAGAUCGCCGGACCGAAGAUUGCAAGAUUCUUCAAAAUAGCAUUGAAAAAGCAGUAUUUGCUGAAGCUGCGUGACAACCUCCCCUCCAAGUCCCCCAUCAGCCCUGACUGGCCCAAAGCACCCACACGGUUCAAGCAGUCAUCUGAAGAACUGAAGAAAAUCUUCCACAAAUGGAGGUGUGCCAAGUAUCGAUCACGGUUUGAUGAAGCUGCGCGAUAUCGAAUGAAAGAAAAGGUGACGGCCAGCAACAUUUUCAAGGACAGGAAGGAAAUCUACCCCAGCAGUGUGGGUGAAGCGUUCCGAGGUGACUACGCGGCUCUACAACAGAACCAGAAGUGGAAGAAGCUGUCCGGUCAGACCGCAGAUCAGCAGAUCGUCUUUGCUGAAAUGGUCAUGAAGAUCAACAGAGCCAACGGGAAGAUGGUGCAGAUGCUGUUUGUGAUGAGCACACAGGCCAUCUUGAUCAUCGACAACAAGACCAUGGCCCUGAAGUACAGAAUCCCUCUGGGCCAGAUACACCGCAUCUCUCUCAGUCCAUACCAGGACAAACUCGUCAUCUUCCAUAUUCAGAAGUCAGGAAGUGAAAACGGUGAUAUUUUGUCGAAGAAGGGAGACUUCAUCUUCAGCUGUGAUCCCCAUGUGAUAGAACUGGUAGCCAAGGCGUACCUGGUGGUGCAGAACCACACCAAGAAGCCCCCGGAGGUGCAGAUAUCUCCACAGUUGUUAGCAGAGUUCAAGGGUUCCAGUGUUGAGGUCGCCUUCAGCAAAGACGCACAGAGCAUCCAGGGUGCCGGCCUCAAAGUCACUCGCAAAGGAAACAGACUUGAUGUAUUCAAUGCAUGAUGAGGCAGUUAUGGCAACUUAAUCACUUAAUCCAUAAUUUAUACACCAAUGAACAACUGAUGAUCUGGCAGUGUUGAUUUCCGUGACCUGAGGAUCCAUCCUGGCGUCAGAACCAAUAUCAUCGCUGGCGCCAGGUUCUCUCAUGUGAUAAAGUGUGUAUUGGUUGGCACCAGUCUGGAGUGCCUUGUCGCAACAAAACUAAGAAGGAGCUACAAUACAUACAUAUGUGUAUGCUUGAUGGAGCUAGGUCAGGGGACACACAGCAAUUGUCAAAAAUGGAAGGAAAUUGAUUUAGCACCAUAUCUACGCAAUGGGAGAAAUAUUAAGGAUGAUUCCGAGAGUUGGAUAUGCAAUCAAGGGAGAUAAUUCAAUCUGGUGCCAGAAACAGACUGCUGUGAUGGAUGAUAAUCAGACUGUGUGAUUUUAUAUGAUUCAACACUUGGUUUUUCCAUCUCAUUAAGAGUUUUUUUGUAAAGAUGUUUUUAUACAAGAUUACAGAAUUUAUGUUUAGGCAAGUGGGACCAGAAAGUACUAACAUGAGAAAAGAAUGAAUGUACGGAUGUUUGUCAUCUGAUGAUGCCUGAUAUGGGGGACUUGAAGGGCCAGUUUUGCUUCAGUGGGGACUAAGGGAGCUUCGCGGGGCCAAGGGUGCUUCAGCAGGUAAUCCUGAGGGUAUGAUAAAGCACCUGAGUGCAAAUAAGAGGCAACACAAGCUGGGGUCGGACACACAGAAAUAGUUAAAGCUUGUAACAAUAUGGGAAGGCAGGCUUGUUUCACAAUGUGGGACGGGAGGCUUGUAACACAAUAUGGGAAGGGAGGCUUGUAACAAUGUGGGAAGGGAGGCUUGUAACAAUUAGGGAAGGGAAACUUGUAACACAAUGUGGGAAGGGAGGCUUGUUUCACAAUGUGGGAAGGGAGCCUUGUAACAAUAUGGGAAGGGAGGCUUGUGUAACAAUGAGGGAAGGGAGGCUUGUUUCACAAUGUGGGAAGGGAGGUUUGUUUCACAAUGUGGGAAGGGAGGCUUGUUUCUCCAGAGUCAGAUAGGGUUGGCAGUUUCAUGUAGAAUCCAUGUAGAAGACAGUCUGAUGGUCCUUGUCUCCCUUGUAUGUGUUGGUAGUAAGGACACAUGCAGGAGCCAAGUAGUGGGAAAGUAUUUCCCGAAUGUUAAACUGUAGGGGGCUAUUGCAAGUGUGACUGACCAUGAGAGAACAAUUGAGAAAAUGUUAAAGAUUUCAUCGGUAAUGUUUGUAGGGGACCAAAAAUGAUAUUUAGAGUAUCAGACCGUACAUACCAAAUACAGAUAUUUUUACAUUUCUGUUAGUUCCAUGUUUGACAAAACCAGUAAGUUUGCCUUUGUCUGAGAAUCUUCCAAACGGUGAUGUUAUUGUAGCUUUAAGCAUGGCUCCAUGCAGUGAACAAGUUGUUGAACAGACUUUCUACACAUGUUGUCAUCUUGUUAUACUUUGUAUACAUUUCAUUGAUGUCAAUACCAAUAUGCAAUAUGUUUGAUUCAGUGAUAUAUGAUAUGACACAGUUUCCAUAUCAUACAAUGUUGCACUGUUACAUGUGAAUGUAGGCGCUAACUCCCAAUACAUAACACAUGGUCAGAUACAUGUACCAGAUUUUCUGGUAAAUUGUAUAUCAUCAGGUCUCGUGAUAUUUUAUCGCAAAUUCACAUAUUCAUUGACCAAGUUUGUUAUCUCCUUGUCAUUCACCUGAAGCGAUAUGAUGUAGUAUUGCACACUACACAAUAUAGCAGUUUUCCAGAAGCUAGUACCCAAGGAUGGUGGACUGUACACAAGAAAAUAUGGUACUUGUUUGGUCAGCUGGUCGCUGCAGAAUGGGCACUAAUACACUACAAAUCCAUUCCAUUCCCAGGGACAAGAAUGACACUGUUUGUCUUGUGCCUGUUAUGACGCCUGUUUUCCAUGCCUGGCCGUCACUCCUGACUAAAUAAGCACAACUUUUAACUCUGAUGGAGACCAUUACAUAAUUAAUGUAUGGGGUAACAAAACUGUUUGUGUUGUGAUUUAUACUCCCAAAUAGCUGAGCAUGGAAUCAGGAUGAACACAGAUCUGUGACUGGGGCUAAAAUGUCAUGUGUUAGCAGCAGUACAGAUGGGAAGAGCCACAUCAGUCUUUACUGUCUAUCAUUGAAUAAUUAUUUCAUAUUAUCAGAUUGUGCAGUACAAAAUUCAGGGCAGGUAGACAGUAAUCCAGUGGACUGUUCCACAAAGCGAUCUUAGCAGUAUGAUGACCGUAACUCCCAUAUUUUAACAUAGGCUUACGAUAGUUGUGGUGCUAUGAUCACUUUGUGGAACUUGACCCUCGAACAGGCCAACCGGUGGUUGAUAGUGUGAGCAUGGAUUCACACCAGAAGGUACAAACACCUAUUCAGGCAGUCAUGUCACAGCAAAGUUUCUGUCAGAGAGCCACCGAGAGCUGAGUGUUGCAGCUGAGAUGCAGAGUGUUUAAAACUAGUCACCACUUUCUAAAGGAAUUUGUUUAGGUUUAUCACCAGGCUACAUGUGUAGGUGUGAUUCUGUCAUGGUGGGCCUUGGUAAGGCUAUCCACGUGUUAUGUGCCAUGACAUGUUUCAUUCAUGUGUUGUGUGACAUUUCAGGUGAUACUUCUGAAGAUGUUCCAGUCAAUAUAUAGCUCUGAAUAUACACAUAUAUAUAUAUCUGAUAAGAGUAGAUUAUUUAGGACCCUUGAAUGUUGCCCAUAAUCUUUCCUCUCAGGCAGAGAUGCCACUAUUGCCAGUCUUUUCAUGCAGGACUGCCAGUGUUGAUAGUUCUAUUAGCAGCACUAACCAUGUCAGCAAGUUCCCAAUGAUUUCCCGGAACCUGCAUUAAUAAAUGAGAUACAUUUUCAAUUUCAUUUGGUUUCUAGAGAAAUGUUUCACACAAAGAUGCCAUGGUUACCAGAUCCACGGAGUGUGACUGGGGCAUGUUAGUGAUACAUACCUGCUGACAAGUGCAGCUGUACCCAAGACACAAUUAGCAAGAGGACACAGCGUCGCCCAUGAAUAUAAAUAAACUCUUUUCAUGUUACCCCAGUCAUCUUAAACUUGCACAGUACAGACUCGCUAUCACCAGAAUUAUGUUGAAUUUUGAAAAUAAAACAAUGUGAUUUGUUUGUAUGAAAAGGCUGUAUAAUUCCUACAUUUUGGCCCUCCUGUGACUAGAUGCUGCUGUGACUGGCAGAUGAUUGGGUUGGCAUCUCUGGCCAUUAUUAUUUAACUAUGCAUAUAUCUUCUAUAUAUAUGUUGCUUGUUAUAGUUAGUGAGAUAUUUAUUUUUGUCACAGUGUUACCAUGUUGAUGACUGGUGUACAUGGUGUAGUUUCUUCUUGCAUGCGUAUAUACACACAGACCCUUCAUUGUACCAUUGUCUUUGCUGGUAGGGGAAUAUCUAUAAGCUGUUACAACAUCUGAAUAAGUACGAACACAAAAUUGCUUAUUAACCUACGAAUAAUUUCAGCCCUUUUUAGACUCAAUAUUGAUGAUAUGAGGGGAAUUCUAUUUAUAUAGCUUCAACACAGAUGCUGUAUGUUAGCCUUUCACUGUCAUUGUAGUCCAUUAAUGUACAUAUGGUUAAACUUCCAGGUGGUUUCAUUAUCUACAAGGUGACAAUUCAGUGCAUUGUUCCAUCAGCUACAGUGUGGCAGUUAAUGCAUUGUUCCAUCAGCUAAUAAUGCAUUGUUCCAUCUGCUACAGUGUGGCAUUUAAUGCAUUAUUCCAUCAGCUAAUAAUGCAUUGUUCCAUCAGCUAAUAAUGCAUUGUUCCAUCAGCUACACUGUGUCAUUUAAUGCAUUGUUCCAUCAGCUAAUAAUGCAUUGUUCCAUCAGCUACAGUGUGUCAUUUAAUGCAUUGUUCCAUCAGCUAAUAAUGCAUUGUUCCAUCAGCUACAGUGUGGCAGUUAAUGCAUUGUGGCAGUUAAUGCAUUGUUUCAUCAGCUGCAUUGUGACAGUUAAUGCAUUGUUCCAUCAGCUGCAUUGUGGUAAUUAAUGCAUUGUUCCAUCAGCUGCAUUGUGACAGUUAAUGCAUUGUUUCAUCAGCUGCAUUGUGACAGUUAUUGCAGUGUUCCAUCAACUGCAGUGUGGCAAUUAAUGCAUUGUUCCAUCAGCUGCAUUGUGGCAGUUAAUGCAUUGUUCCAUCAGCUAUAGUGUGGCAGUUAAUGCAUUGUUCCAUCAGCUGCAUUGUGACAGUUAAUGCAUUGUUCCAUCAGCUACAGUGUAGCAGUUAAUGCGUUUGCUCCAACUCGGUGUUGCAGUUAAUGCAUUGUUCCAUCACCUCAAAUGUGUCAGUUAUGCAUUGUCAAUGCACUUCGGUGUGGCAGUUGAAGCAGUCACAUAACUAUCAUCAAAUGAAUGCGCUUGUUCUUGGAGCAGUACUUGACAUUCAUUUUGCCAAACCAAAGUGCAGCAGCUUGUUUCUGAAGCUGCAUUUUGUAUCAAAGCCAACAUUUUACAUUGCAGAAUACUUUUUAUACCACCAAUACUUUUUUUUAUUAUCUUGGUUAUUCUUUACCAUGUGAGAGUAAUCAAACAUCAUUGCUGAAACAAUAUGUUGCAUUUCUAAUCUGUUGUAUGUGAAGCUCCAUAGUAAAAUUUAUUGUCACUGUAGAUAGAUUCUGAUAUGUUGAUGCAAUAAAUUGUAUGAUGUGACAAUGUAACAUAUGUUAAGGCUUGGAUGCAGUGUUUUCAAAAUAUGGUGUGGGGUGCACUUAUUUACUUGUAAACAUUUCAGCUACUAUCAUAUCAACCUUGUUUUUGUUACUCUCUCUGAAAUGUAUAAAGGGAAGCUACUCUGUCAUCCCCUCACCUCCUUCUCUGCAUCGGUCUGUUCCUGCCAGGUUUUGUUUGUGACGUAUCUCACACUGCAUGUUCCGCUGUGCUUUUCAGACAGUAUAUCCAUGUGAAGGCAUAUACUGUAUAAUGUGUAUAUUGUGUGAUUCUGAGAGUGAGUGAAAUCAUUUGGUAAAUGAUAAAUAUUGCUAUUAUUAUUAAGAUUAUUAUUCUUGAUCUUCACACAAACUGUCUCAAGCAGUGAGUGCCACGGAUCAGUCGGUUCUGAGCUGCAUGCCGUCGACACAGAUUUGGUUAAUCUAUCAAUCUUGUUAUUAUGAUUUUCAUCUUCUUUGACCAAUAUGUUGUAUAUUUUAUACUAGCUGAAUGUUGUGGCUAUAUAAUAUAUACCAGGAAACAUUUUAGUUAACCAGAAUAAACAUGCUGGACAAAUACA